AUGUCGUCGGAGAAAUUGCUAGUUACUAACGGCGUUAAGUCUGACGGCGUCAUCAGAAGAACCAGAACUUACGGAGCUGAUGCGGCGGUGGCUUAUUCUCUCGGCGGUGGAUGUCAUAUAUUCGACGAGCUUCCGAAGGCGGCGAUCGUCUCCGUCUCGCCACCGGAUACUACCGAUUUUAGCCCCUUGCUUCUUUCUUACACCUUGGAGCUUCAGUAUAAACAGUUCAAGUGGACAUUAAAGAAGAAAGCUUCUCAAGUUCUCUACCUGCAUUUUGCUUUGAAGAAACGUUUGAUCAUCGAAGAACUUCACGAGAGGCAAGAACAGGUUAGAGAUUGGUUGCAUAGCUUGGGGAUCUUUGAUAUGCAUGGAUCAGUUGUGCAAGAUGAUGAAGAACCCGACGAUGGUGCUCUUCCUCUGCACUACACUGAAGAUAGUGUCAAGAACAGGAAUGUUCCUUCGCGUGCAGCGUUUUCAAUCAUGCGUCCUACGAUAGGCCGGUCAGAGACGGUUGUAGACCGUGGAAGAACCGCAAUGCAAGGCUACUUGAAUCUGUUUCUAGGGAACUUGGACAUUGUAAACUCCAAAGAGGUCUGCAGGUUCCUGGAAGUUUCUAGACUCUCGUUCGCUAGAGAAUAUGGUUCGAAAAUGAAAGAAGGGUAUGUCACAGUGAAGCACCUGAGGAAUGUCGCAGGGUCUGAUGGUGGCUGUUUUCCUUCUCAUUGUCUCGGCUGCUUCGGAACUAGCUGGACAAAGGUUUGGGCGGUCUUAAAACCGGGAUUCUUGGCGUUGCUAGAAGAUCCGUUCAGCGGAAAGCUUUUAGAUAUAAUGGUGUUUGACUUAUCGCGGUUCCAGGAUGCAAAGGAGUGUUCAGAGCAACCGCGUUUGGCUGAACAGGUGAAGGAACGCAAUCCGUUACGCUAUGGCUUUAAUGUGACAAGUGGGGACCGAACCGUGAGGCUAAGAACUACAAGCUGUGGGAAAGUUAAAGAGUGGGUUAAGGCUGUGGGCGAAGCUGGUUGCUACAGUCCACAUCGUUUUGGUUCGUUUGCUCCACCUAGAGGCUUGACAUCAGAUGGAAGUCAGGCUCAGUGGUUCGUAGACGGUCACACUGCGUUUGAAGCGAUCGCAUUUGCAAUCCAAAACGCAACAUCAGAGAUAUUUAUGACUGGUUGGUGGUUAUGUCCGGAGCUAUAUCUCAAACGCCCGUUUGAAGAUCAUCUGUCAUUGCGGCUCGAUGCAUUGCUAGAGACAAAAGCAAAACAAGGUGUUAAGAUUUAUAUUCUUCUAUAUAAGGAAGUUCAAAUCGCGCUGAAAAUCAACAGCAUGUACAGCAAGAGACGGCUUCAAAACAUUCACAAGAACGUCAAAGUUCUUCGUUAUCCAGACCAUCUCUCCACUGGCAUUUACCUCUGGUCGCACCACGAGAAGAUAGUGAUUGUAGAUUACCAAGUUUGCUUCAUUGGAGGGAUAGAUCUGUGUUUCGGCCGAUACGAUACAGCGGAACACAAGAUCGGAGAUUGCCCUCCUCAUAUAUGGCCAGGAAAGGAUUAUUAUAAUCCUCGAGAAUCUGAACCAAAUUCAUGGGAAGACACAAUGAAAGACGAGCUAGACCGGAGAAAAUACCCAAGAAUGCCUUGGCACGAUGUCCAUUGCGCUCUCUGGGGACCGCCUUGCCGCGAUGUGGCUCGGCAUUUCGUCCAGCGGUGGAACCACUCUAAGAGAAAUAAGGCACCUAAUGAACAGACGAUUCCAUUGUUGAUGCCUCACCACCAUAUGGUUCUCCCUCACUACUUGGGAACUAGAGAGAUCGAUACUGUUGCGGUUAAAACCAAGGAAGACCCCGAAAAACCCGUUGUUCUCGCAAGACAAGACUCUUUCUCCUCGGCUUCAUCACCCCAAGAUAUCCCUUUGCUUCUCCCGCAAGAAACCGAUGCUGAUUUGGCCCGCAGAGGAGGAGAUCUGAGGUUAGAUAGUAGUUCAAGACAAGACCACAAUCGAUCUAACAGUAGUGAUGAGUUUCCUGGGGAAACUUCAGAGGAAAGUGACCAAGACGAGGUCGCGAACGAGUGGUGGUGGCAGAUUGGGAAGCAAAGUGAUUGCAGGUGUCAGAUUAUCCGAAGUGUUAGCCAAUGGUCCGCUGGGACAAGCCAGCCCGAAGAUAGCAUUCAUCAAGCUUAUUGUUCGCUUAUCGAAAACGCUGAACAUUUUAUCUACAUUGAGAACCAAUUCUUCAUCUCUGGGCUAGAAAAAGAUGACACGAUCCUAAACCGCAUUCUUGAAGCAUUAUUCAGACGCAUUCUGAAGGCUCAUGAAGAGAAAAAGUGCUUCCGCGUUGUGGUCGUUAUACCGCUCCUCCCUGGAUUUCAGGGAGGUAUUGAUGACUUUGGAGCAGCUACGGUUCGAGCACUGAUGCAUUGGCAAUACCGUACGAUCUCUAGAGAACGAACUUCGAUUCUUGACAACCUUAAUGCCUUACUCGGUCCCAAGACAAAAGAUUACAUCUCUUUCUAUGGUCUGAGAUCAUACGGAAGGUUGUUCGAGGGUGGUCCGAUUGCCACUAGCCAGAUUUACGUGCACAGCAAACUAAUGAUUGUUGAUGACCGGAUUGCGGUGAUCGGAUCUUCCAAUAUAAAUGACCGGAGUUUACUAGGCUCAAGAGACUCCGAGAUCGGAGUUGUGAUCGAAGACAAAGAAUUUGUGGAAUCUUCGAUGAACGGAGUGAAGUGGAUGGCCGGAAAAUUCUCGUAUAGUCUCAGAUGUUCCCUGUGGUCAGAGCAUCUCGGCCUUCAAGCCGGAGAGAUGAAAAAGAUCGAAGAUCCUAUCAAUGAUGCAACAUACAAAGACUUGUGGAUGGCGACUGCUCAGGAGAACACCGACAUCUACGACCAAGUCUUCUCUUGCAUCCCGAAUGAACAUAUACGCUCAAGGAAUGCAUUGAGACUAAACACCUCUCUUUUGAAAGACAAGUUGGGUCACACGACGAUCGACCUUGGGAUUGCACCAGAGAAGCUAAAACCAUGCGGCAGCGACUCGUGGGAGAGGCUAAAGGAGACAAGAGGACACCUUGUGUGUUUCCCAUUACAAUUCAUGUGUGAUCAAGAAGAUCUCAGACCGGUUUUCAAUGAAUCCGAGUUCUACACUGCUCCUCAAGUCUUCCAUUGA